UCCCUCUUUCUCUCUCCCCCUUUCUCUUUUUACAUUUUUCUUUACAUAUUUUAAGCAAUUGUUUCUACUUCUCUAAUUUACUAGAAAAGUUCUGAAUUUCGAUAUAGGAAGCUUCAAAAAUGGCCAAAACUACCGAGGUUGAUGAAAAGCAAGAGCAAAAGCCAUCUAAGAAUGUUGAAAACGAAGAUGUCAUAGUGGCAAAGGUGGAAGGUGGUGUAGAACAAAAUGGGGAACCAAAGGAAGAUAAUGUGCAAAAAAUGGAGGUAGUAGGGAUUGAUAGAGGAAAGAAUGUACAUGAUGAACUAACAGCAAAAAAAGUGGACGAGAAGGAAAGCGAAGCUGAAAGAAAGGAUAUGUCAUCAUCUCCUGUAGCUGAGAAGAAUGCUACGCCUAGAGAAGAAAGCAACUUCCUCUCUCACUUGAAAGUGCAUGAAAAAAAGGCAUUUGCAAAACUCAAAAUGAAGAUUGAUGAAGUUAUCAAGGGAAAGCUAUGGAUUGAGAAUAAAAAUAAUGUCGAUGAAACAGUGGAGAAGAAGAAAGAUGAAGCUGAAAGAAGUGAUGUUUCACAGCCACCUCCUACAGUUGAUAGGAGUUCUUCAUAUACAGUUAUGAGCAACUUUCCUUCAGAUUGGAAAGAGUAUGAGAAAAAGGCAUUGGCUGAGCUAAGAGCAAAGGUUGAAGAAUCAAUCAAUGGCAAUCAUUUGUUCAAGGGGAAGAAAGAGCAAAUAGAUUUGCAAGAGAAUGCAAAAUCAUUGAAGAAAGUGAGAAAAGAGAGAGAGAAAAAAGAAGAAACGAGUGAAGAGAAUGAAAAGUUGAUAUUUGAAGGGAAAGAAAAAGAAGACGCUGAGAAAAAUGGUGCCAAGGAGAGCAAAGAGUCCAAUGAAGAUAUUGACAAAAAAAAGAAUCUCACAAAUGAAACCGCAAAGGAUAAGACCCAUUUGCCUAUUGAGAAAGAAAAUCUUAAUGUCGAUAAGGAUAUUGCGCUUUGGGGGAUACCAUUAUUGCCUAGUAAAGGAGAUAAUGCCACUGAUAUAAUACUACUGAAGUUCUUGAGGGCUAAAGAAUUCAAGGUCAAUGAUGCUUUUGAAAUGUUAAGGAAUACCCUUCAAUGGAGGAAGGAAAAUAAUAUUGAUUCGAUAUUGAAGGAAAGCUUUGAUAGUACUGAACUUGACAUGAUGUGCUACAUGAAUGGCUUGGACCGCCAAGGCCACCCUGUAUGCUACAACAACUUCGGGUUGCUUGGAGACAAUGAGAUGUAUAACAAGAUACUAGGGACCGAGGAGAAGCGAGAAAAGUUCUUGAGGUGGAGGGUUCAGUUGAUGGAGAAGGGGAUUCAAAAACUUGAUUUCAAGCCUGGUGGUGUGUCUUCAUUGCUCCAAAUCAGUAAUAUUAGGAACACUUCAGGCCCCUCAAAGAAGGAGAUUUGGUUUUCUAUAAAGCAAGUGAUUGGGCUUCUCCAAGAAAACUAUCCAGAAUUUGUUGAAAAAAAUAUAUUCAUCAAUGUCCCUUUCUGGUUUUAUGCCUUCACUGCUUUUCUAUCACCUUUCCUAACCCAACAAACUAGGAACAAAUCUAUCUUUGCACGCCCUUCCAAGGUUACAGAAACUUUGCUCAAGUACAUCCCUGCCGAGGAAAUUCCUGUCCAUUGUGGUGGCCUUAAGCAGGAAAAUGAUUCUGAGUUCUCCAAUGAAGAUGCUGUAAUGGAUGUUGUUGUCAAGUCAGGAUCAACAGAAACUAUUAAUAUCCCAAUGUUAGAGGCAGGAACUACUUUAAUCUGGGAACUUUGUGUCUCGGGUUGGGAAGUGAACUACAAGGAGGAAUUUGAACCAAGUCAUGAGGGAUCGUACAGCAUUAUUGUUCAAAGGGAAAGGAAAAUGGGUGUGCAGGAGGGUCCAGUUCGUAAUUCUUUCACAAACAAAGAACCUGGAAAAGUUGUGCUCAUAGUUCAGAAUGUAUCGUUCAGGAAAAAGCGUGUUCUUUAUCGCCACAAGAUCAAGAAAAGCUCCUCUACUUAAACUACAGAUAUAUAACAUGACUUGCUGACCAAGCUUAACCACUUUAAAAAUACUACUUUUCUAUGUUUAAUAUGUUGUUAAAUAAUAUUAAGAAUUUCUACCUUCCAUUGAGUCAGAAAACUCUAGCUAGGUAGAGAUUCUGAGGGCAAUUUCGCAUGGCUAUGAUAAGGGCUAGAGCAAUAAAUUUGCUCACAAUGUAUUAACAAUUAAGAUCUAUGAAUAUUGAGUAUUAAUUAUGUUUGAAGCA